AUGGGGACGUUGCUGCUUUCCAGGAGACUGGGUGUGCGGAGACUGGUUUGGACUGUGAAGGAGGCUGAGCACCACGCAGGCAGCUCAGGAGAGGUAGAGAGCCGCCAGCGGGGCCUGCCAGGGAGAGGAAAAGAGAGUUUUUGCCCGUGCUCAAACGCUCCUCACUACGUGGCCGAAAAGAAGCCGUUGCAGCUCAAGAUGUUCGCUAAGCAGAGAUAUGGUGUAACCGUGACCCUUGUGGCUCCCAAUGCCCAAGCAAGAAGGUUGGCACGUGGGCGCGCAGGAGGCGGGACACCGAGACGCGGCAUCCUAGACCUGCCCGGAAGUGCCUGGGCGCUGUCCGCCCGCGAGGACUGGCCGGCCGGCACCGACCCCGCGGGCCCAUUGUGCCCGCCGCGCACGGGAAGGAGCCUCCAAGGGUGUGUGCAGCUGCAGGGAGCUAUUCAGGUCAAGAUAAAUACUUCAAAAGAGUUUUUAUACUUGGAUGUUCAAGUUCCUGAGGUGUGGGAAGAGCUUCUGACAAUGAAAGUGAAGGCAGGAAGUCACCUCCAAAGGCAGGAAUUGAGACUGAAAUGCAAUAAUCCUCUGGCAAGGGAAGUCUUCCGAAGACACUUUCAGCAGCUCUGCUACCAGGAAACCCCUGGACCAAGAGAGGCUCUUACCCGACUUCAGGAAUUUUGCUACCAGUGGUUGAGGCCACAUGUGAGCACAAAGGAGCAAAUUUUGGAUCUGUUGGUGCUGGAGCAGUUCCUGUCCAUCCUGCCCAAGGAGCUUGAGGGCUGGGUGAAGGAACAUUGUCCAGAUGGAGAAGAGGAUGUGAUUUUGCUGAAGGAUCUGGAGAGAGAACUCGAUGAACCACAAGAUGAAAUAUUGUUUCUGUGUGUCCACAUGGUAACUCACAGACAUGGACAAGUCCUCUCUAAAGAGAUUGUGCGUCUAGGAGAGCAGACUUCACUGCUGAGUCUUCAGUCCCAGCCUACAGAGCCCAAGCUCACAUGUGACCCUAGCCUGGAGUCCCAUUCUAUUGGAGAGACAGAUGAAAUGACCCAUGUUGAGGACAGAGAAUUGUUGCUAAGGAAAGACUGUCCUAAGAUAGUGGAACCACAUGGGAAAAUGUUUCAUGAUCAGACCUUGGAAGUAUUACAUCAGGAAGUUCAACAUGGAGAAAGUAGUGCAUGUAAGGGUGAUAUAGAGCAACGAUGGGAAAACCCAUUAGAAGAUGGGCAACACAGAUGGAACAAGUGUGGGAAAAGCUUUUCUCAGAGCUCAGGUCUCAUUCAGCAUCAAAGAAUUCACACUGGAGAAAGACCCUAUAAAUGUAAUGAGUGUGGGAAAGCCUCUCACCGAGGAAUCCACAAUAUACAGAAAUGGUACCACUGUAAAGAGUGUGGAAAAGCCUUCAGCCAGAGUGCUGGUCUUAUCCAGCAUCAGAGGAUCCAUAAGGGGGAAAAGCCCUAUCAGUGUAGCCAGUGUGGUAAGAGCUAUAGUCGGCGUUCCUUUCUAGUCGAGCAUCAGAGAAGCCACACGGGGGAGCGACCUCACUAAUGCUCUGAAUGUGGGAAAAGCUUUAACUGCCACUGCAACCUCAUCUGCCAUCAGAAGAUCCACACAGUGGCUGAUCAAGUGUAG